GGUUGCUAUAGGCAACUGCACCACUCUUCCUGUGCACAGGUUUUGAUAAAUCUCCCCCACUGUGCUUCUUGGGGAGAAGAAGCUGGAAACAAUAUCCCUUUGAAAAAGAUACUACACAACUUCCUGUCAGGGGUAAAUCCCGCAAAAGCAUGAAAGGCAGCUGUCUGUGGAACAGGAAUAUUUACGAUUUCAGAUAAGGAAUUCUCAGGAUCUACAGAGGACAUGGGAAUUUUAUACUCUGAGCCGAUCUGUCAUGCUGCCUAUGAAAAUGACCUAGAUGAAGUCCAACAACUUGUAGAAGAAGACCCUAGCAUUGUUAACGUGAAGGACAGCUUUGGGGGAGAUACACCUCUAAUAUGUGCCUGCAGAAAAAGCAAUACCAAAGUAAUCCAUUACUUACUACAUAUGAAAGCUGAUAUUAACCUCACAAAUAAUAAAGAAAGGACGUGUUUACACUAUGCUGUAAGGAAAAGGUUCACAUUCCUGGACUACUUACUGAUUGUAAUCCUGAUGCCUGUUAUGCUUAUAGGAUACGUUAUCAUGGUAUCAAAAACUAAACAAAAUGAAAGACUGGUUAGACUUUUACUGGCUGCAGGUGUCAACGUCAACGCCAUGGAUUCUGGGGGGAACACGGCCCUCCAUUAUGCAUGUAAGAUGAAGAGCCAAAGUAUAAUACCAAUUCUGCUAGAAGCUAAGGCCAAUCCAUUGAUUAAAAAUAAGGAUGGAGAAACUUCCCUUGAUAUCGCUAAGAGAUUAAAAUUCAAAAAAAUAUUACACUUGAUGAAAAAGUCUUCAUAAAACUGACUGAAAGAAGUUUACCCAUUGUGAAGGCGGUAAAUGAAGCGCAAGGCUGGUAGUGAAGAAGUGUGUUUACAUUACUUCCCUUGACAGUAUAAUUUAUGGCAUCCAAAGCAAUAUGAAAUGGACAUUUAUAGCCCUGUCUCAACUGUAAUAUUAAUAGAUACUUUGUUGUAAAUUUUUUUGUAUAUUUUUGUUCUACAUUAUAAUAAAGUAUUAAGA